AGAGAGAGAGAUAGAGGGAGGGAGAGAGAGAGAGCGCCGCGGAGUUACUUUUGCACGACUGUAUUUUACCUACUGAAAACGCAGAUAACUUAAUUAAGCUCGGCUUGCAGAUUGUAGACAAUCAGGACUCAUCGCGGUUUCUUUCUCUGAUACAGUGCUGCAAAGUGAGAACUCUUUCCAAGCUCUGGUUUUAGGCAGAGAUCCAAUGCGGACCUAAAACACUUUAUUAUAUACAUUUAUUUAUUUUUUUUUUAAACUUUCGUUAACCGAUCAUUCCCUACAGAAGAGGCAUCGAAAGGGACUCUCUUUUCUUUGUUUUAUUUUGGUGAAAACAAUAAAGGAAUGGAAGUAGCAACCGAUCAGCCACGCUGGGUGACACAUCAUCAUCCUGUCCUCAAUGGACAGCACCCGGACUCUCACCAUCCAGCACUGGUUCAGAACUACAUGGAGCCGACGGCCCAGUUACUCCCUCCAGACGAAGUGGACGUGUUUUUUAACCACUUGGAUUCGCAGGGAAAUCCAUAUUACGCCAAUUCAGCCCAUGCUAGAGCGCGAGUUUCAUACAGCCAGGCCCAUGCUCGUCUCACUGGGAGCCAGGUUUGCCGGCCUCACCUUAUCCACAGUCCCGGGAUUCCUUGGUUGGACAGCGGGAAGGCGGCACUUUCUCACCACAACGCCUGGGCGGUCAGCCACUUCUCCAAACCCGGUCUGCACCCGUCCAGCAGCGGAGUGUACCCCUGCAGCAGUGGCGCAGCUACGAGCUCGGUUUCUUCGCUGACCCCAGCCACUCAUUCUAGUCCACAUCUCUUCAGCUUCCCACCAACACCGCCGAAAGAUGUAUCCCCGGAUCCAGGAGCUAUCUCCCCAGCAUCUUCUUCUGCUCGCCUGGACGAGAAGGAGUCAAUCAAGUACCAAGUGUCACUCGCCGAGGGGAUGAAGAUGGAAGGGUCGAGUCCUCUGAGGAGCAGUCUAGCGGCAAUGGGUGGUCAAACGCCAGCCACUCACCAUCCGAUCCCGACAUACCCAACUUACUCCCUUCCUGGAGCUCACGAAUAUGGGGGAGGCCUGUUCCAUCCUGGCAGCUUGCUUGGUGGGGCCGCGUCCAGCUUUACCCCGAAGUGCAGAAACAAAACCAGGUCGUGUUCAGAAGGCAGAGAAUGUGUGAACUGUGGAGCCACCUCGACACCACUCUGGAGGAGAGACGGCACAGGACACUACCUCUGCAAUGCCUGUGGACUCUAUCACAAGAUGAAUGGCCAAAACCGGCCACUCAUUAAACCAAAAAGAAGGCUGUCGGCUGCCAGAAGAGCCGGGACUUGCUGCGCAAACUGUCAGACCACCACGACGACCUUAUGGCGGCGCAAUGCGAACGGCGACCCAGUGUGUAACGCCUGUGGUCUUUACUACAAACUUCACAAUGUGAAUAGACCCCUAACAAUGAAGAAGGAAGGCAUCCAGACGCGUAACCGUAAGAUGUCCAACAAGUCUAAGAAGAGCAAGAAAGGUCCGGACUGCUUUGAUGAGUUUUCCAAGUGCAUGCAAGACAAGUCCUCGCCGUUCUCUGCUGCCAGUCUUGCUGGACACAUUCCACAUAUGGGGCCGAUACCCCACUUUAGCCAUGCUGGACACAUCCUUCCCACUCCUACGCCUAUCCACCCCUCAUCCAGUCUGUCCUUUGGACAUCCUCAUCACUCAAGCAUGGUUACUGCCAUGGGGUGAAAGUGCCUGACAUGCACAACCACCCACCCCCCACCCACCCCACUAAACUCUUUUUGUGUGAGAACUAGUGGAAAAAAAAAUUCUACUGUGGUGCAAGAAAGAGAAAGAAGGAAACCCUGGCUUGGAAACGAAGGCGGCCGCCGCUAAACCGGGGGCACGAGACUAGCAGACUUUAUUAUUUUUUUGGUUUGUUUUUAACGAAUCACAGAGUCUGGGCUUGCAACUGACUUUGCCAGUGUGAGGAGACAACUGCUUCUGAAAAGAGAAAACAUUGCGGUAUUUUAUUCCUGUGGCAAAGAGGCCAAGGCUGUUGCAUUUUCCUCUUUUUGUUUUUCCAUGUGGGUCUUCUGCAGGAAUCGGGAGAAAACCGAAUUGCCAAAUUCCCUUCAUCCCGUCUCUUUGUGCCUGCCUACCUGAUUCCCACACCUGACUGUCUGCCACCUUCCUUUAAUGGUUGGGACUGAGUCAAUGGAAGGCGUCCCCUCUGAUCUGUGAAUGUUCUAACAAGCAACAAGCGGCAGGAUCUGACAAGGACAGAAGACGAAGAUGUCUCUCUGCGACAGACUGAUGCAGUUCUCUGCUGACAGGGCCUCAAAUAUGCUGGACUACCUAUCAAGAACUUGUUUAUAUGAAAAAAAGGAAAGAAAGUUUAUGAAGCUUAAUUUUAAACGGUUUACUAUUAUUAUUAAUAUUAUUAUUAUUAUGAAUAUUAUUUAUUUUUUAUUCCGCUUUUUCCCUUUGUGUGUGUUUCUAGCUUUUUAAAGGAGAAAUCGGACUGUUACAGAGUUCUUGUGCCAUCCUUGUUCAGACACAUCUUUUCUAAGGUGCAGCCUUAACUGCACCAGGAGGCUCUCUUAUGCUUUGAAGUUCAUUCCAUGGCAUGCCUUUUGGGACACUGUCACCAGUUUGUUUAAAAAGAAAAAUGCUUUCCUCACUUCUCAGAAUUGUAAUAGACGAGAUUCUAAAUAUCUACUACCUUAUCAAUGACAUAUUUGGCAGGGACACUGUAUAGCUUGGGCUGGUCAGUUUGUCUUCAAUUAAUAAGGAAGGAUUUGAAGUGCAGGGCCAUUUUGAAUUGCUUGUUCUUAAAGAAGGAAAAAAAAAAACUGUAUUGCCCGUCAGAAGAAUAUAAACAAUGGAUUUGUUAUGAAAAUUAAAACUAGAGCAGGAGGAAAAAAAAAAAAAA